UCGUGUGGGCAGAAAGACCUUUUAUUUUUAUUUUUAUUUUUAUUUAUUUCUUUAAUUUUUUAAACCAACAAACUUUCAUUUCUUUCUAAACCCUAUUUUCACGUUCAGCCGCUGCACCCCGCCCCGCCCCGCCGCACUCCGCCGUUCCUUCUCGCCCUAUUCCGCCGCACGCUACCCUGCCGCAUUCUCAUCUUUCAAACCAAACUUCUGCUGCCCUCCUCCCUCUCAUACAACAACACAAAACCUCCCUUUCUCUCCAUUUCUCUUUUUCUCACAAACACAGUGUUUCACCCCCUAAUCUCCGCCGUCUCUAGAUCUCCCUGCCGCCACUCAUCUUUCAGAUCUACAAGUUUGAUGCAGAUUAUAUUGCUAUGGAUUCUUCAACCCAGACAUUCCAACCUCGUGUGAUGUCAAUUAAAUUAUGGCCUCCAAGCCAGAGCACUAGGUUCAUGCUCGUAGAACGAAUCAUCAAGAAUCUUACAACACCCUCCAUUUUUUCCCGGAAGUAUGGCUUAUUAAGUAAAGAAGAAGCUGAGGAGGAUGCCAAGCAAGUAGAAGAUAUGGCUUUUGUAACUGCAAACCAACACUUUGAGAAGGAGCCAGAUGGUGAUGGAAGCUCUGCAGUUCAAAUUUAUGCCAAAGAAUCUAGCAGGCUCAUGCUGGAUAUAUUGAAAAGAGGUCCUAGAGUAAAGGAGGAUGGAGAGGUAUUAAUAUCUGAGAAGUCUACUACUCGAGGAACGGUUUUUGAUAUAUCAGGAGGACGAAGAGCAUUUAUUGAUGCAGAGGAGGCUGAGGUUCUAUUAGAACCCCUUAAAGAUCCUGGAAACCUAUUUACUAAGAUCUGCUUUAGUAAUAGAAGUUUUGGCUUAGAUGCUGCUCGUGUUGCUGAACCGAUCUUGUUUUCCAUCAAAGAUCGGUUGACAGAGGUUGACCUAUCAGAUUUCAUUGCUGGAAGGUCAGAGGGGGAUGCUCUUGAAGUUAUGAACAUUUUCUCUGCAGCAUUAGAAGGUUGUGAUUUAAGGUAUCUGGACCUUUCAAACAAUGCCAUGGGCGAGAAGGGUGUCCGAGCAUUUGGAUUGCUUUUGAGAUCACAGAAAAAUUUGGAGGAGCUUUAUUUGAUGAAUGAUGGUAUUUCUGAGGAAGCUGCAAGAGCAGUUCGUGAGUUGAUUCCAUCUACAGACAAGCUUCGUAUUCUUCAGUUCCAUAAUAAUAUGACGGGAGAUGAAGGAGCAAUUUCAAUUUCCGAAAUUGUCAAGAGUUCUCCUGCAUUGGAGGAUUUCCGUUGUUCCUCAACAAGGGUAGGUUCUGAGGGAGGUGUAGCUCUAGCUGAAGCUAUUGGUACUUGUACACGUCUCAAGAAGCUUGAUUUACGUGACAACAUGUUUGGGGUGGAAGCUGGAGUUGCUUUGAGUAAAUCUAUAUCUUCCUUUCCAGGUCUAACUGAAAUCUAUCUUAGUUAUCUGAACUUGGAGGAUGAAGGAGCUGAAGCAUUGGCUAAUGCUCUUAAAGAUUCCGCACCUUCACUUGAAGUUCUCGAAGUAGCUGGAAACGAUAUAACUGCAAAAGGCGCUGUUUCAAUAGCAGCAUGUGUAGCAACAAAGCAAUUCCUCAGUAAAUUAUAUUUGGCUGAGAAUGAACUGAAGGAUGAUGGUGUGAUUUUGAUUGGCAAGGCACUCCAGGAUGGACAUGGUCAAUUGAGCGAAGUCGACUUCAGCACAAAUUCAAUACGAAGGGCUGGGGCAAGAUUCGUAGCACAGAUAUUAGUACAGAAGCCAGGAUUUAAGUUGCUAAACAUCAAUGCCAAUUAUAUAUCUGAAGAAGGGAUUGACGAAGUGAAGGAGAUAUUUAAGAAUUCUCCUAAUAUGCUUGGGUCUUUGGAUGAGAAUGAUCCAGAUGGAGAAGACUAUGAUGAAGAUGCUGAAGAGAAUGGUGAUCAUGAUGACGAACUCGAAUCAAAGCUCAAGGGCCUUGACAUCAAACAAGAGGAGUAAGAAUCUCACAGGUCAGAUUUGAUCAUUCUUUGAUCUUCACCACUGUUUUUGUUUAUCGUUUCUUUUUUAUUGCUGUAUGUGGUAGGUUCAUACCAUUUAACCAACUGUAACAAGUUUCCCUUUUUAGCUAGGCAUCAGCAUCCUAGUUUAGAGAUUUUUAAAAGCAAAAAUAGCUGCUUGCUAUUCUGUUAUUUGCCGGCUCUAUUUUUUUGUUGGCAUAUAAAUUGAUGCAGUUCAUUGAGAUGUUCCGCCAUUAGAAUUGUGUCUUGUUAUUUUGGAAAUCAAUGUUCAUCAUUUUAUAGUGCACAAAUUGGAUGAUCUGUUGUAUUACUGAUGGAACUGAAGGUAUCGUUUGGGAGUUGUCAAUUAUAAGUUUGGUCAUGAA